UUUUAAGAGUGGUGUAAUGGUAGAUGGUUGAUGGUCGAUCUACGCAAGAUCGGAAAUACGUAAACAAUUUGAAUGGAAUGUUAAAAUUUAAAUUAUCACUGGAAGCGUUUUAAGAUUGAAAACAUUGCCGGUAAAGGGAUUAUAAAUCGUUAAAGAACUGUUUACGAAACGUAACCAUUUAAGAUGAUUAACAUUAUGUGCCUCACAUCGUCCGGUGGCUUACCAAUCUUUAAUCGUAAACGGGGUGACUGUGAAAAUCUACCAUUCGCAACAAUUGGCUCUCUAAACGGGGUCCAUAUGUUCUGCAAAUCUCAGGGAGUUAACAUUAGAACAACGUACAUGGACGAUGGUGUCAUUGUUUGGAGAGAGUUUGAAAAUUGUGUAACAAUGAUUGGUGCUGCAAAAGGAAUAACAGAGGACGUGUUAAACAAUCUGCUGGAAUAUGCAUUUAAUGCGAUGAUAUUUUGUGUCAGUUUAAGUGAACUGAAACAUAACAAAAAUGUGGAACAGUUGAAACGAGAGUUGAAGUCAUAUUUCCCUAUUUUGGACAAACUGCUAGAAUCUGCUGAAACGGACUUCCUAAAAUUUAGCGACUGCAUUUUAACAAAUGAAAACGCCCAAAUUUUGCUUCGACUGAACGAAUUCAGCGAUCAAAUUGGAUCUCCAUUCUGUACUGUACUGCUGCAUCAUAAAAUAUUGGUCGGCACCGAAGGUUGGUGGGAUCUGGAUGUGGUCGACAGAAAAUUGCUCAUUACAACCAUUCAAUCAUCGAACAAACCAUUCCCCGACGUGCCAGUAUAUCUACCGAAAAAGAACCCAAACAUUGCGUACAGAUUCGUCUGUGUUGCCAUCCGGCAAAACAUUAGCGUUUGUGUUCUAUGCGGUGCUGAGCCGCAGUACGCGGAUAUCGAAAAUUUAGCCAGACAAAUUUGGAAAAAUGACAAUACUACGAUGGAGAAUGCAGAAUUGACUUAUCCACGUAAUUUACCGAUCGAUCUGAAAUUGGAUCAGGGAAUUUUAGGAUUGAUUUUGAUCAACAAGCUCCAUUCAAAGUAUGUGAUGACGCGAAAUUUGCAACAAUCUUCGAAUGGUAAACGCACUACGGCCGGUGCUCACCGUUUGGAUAUUUUGCGGACUUUUUUCCAUCAGGCUGUGGACACUAUCAAUAAAUUCUUGGAGACUCCAUCCGAACAGAAUGGUAAAAUCGUUACAUCGUUGGAGUCUUAUUGGUGCAGUGAUUAUCACAAAUGUCAUGCUUAUGCUUUUGAGGAUAAUUUGAUUUGUGUUUUGUAUGUGGCGGCUAUACCAACGCAUAAUAUGAGAAUAAUAACACAGAAAACAUUAAAUUUGAUUAUCGCAGAAAAGGAUAUUUCUUGGUAAAUAUAUAUUUAUCAUAAUAAUAAUUUUACAAACUUAUACUCACUUUUUAAUAGAAUUUAAUAGAAUUCUCUCUUUAUUGUCCUUUAUUACAUUAAUAUAAAUUUUUUUAUUUUAUUUAUUGUCAUUAUAUAAUUCUUUUUGUAAUGCUUUGCCAUUGUCAUUUUUUUAAAUAUAUAA